AAGCAAACAAUGAACUAGAGGUAACUAAGCCGUAAGGCACGUGCGUUGGCGCUAGUGCUUCGCCGUGAGCUGGAGAGAGGUCUCCUCAAGCUCCGUCGAGGCAGCGACAUCCAAUACCCACUCCCAGCAACCACAAAGCUAAUCUACAAGCUUUUGCCUACCCCCAAGAGACCGACUCUGCACCGCUACUUCCCCCUCGGGCCUCUCGCUCCCUCUCAAGCGUCUUCCCCGACGAGUGCGCACCCUCUUUCCCCCCGCCCACCGCAACCAUGGCCAACGAUGAAUAUGACUUUCUCUUCAAGGUCGUCCUAAUCGGAGACUCAGGCGUCGGUAAAUCCAACCUCUUGAGCCGAUUCACCCGCAACGAGUUCAACCUCGACUCCAAGUCGACCAUUGGCGUCGAAUUCGCUACCCGCUCCAUCCAAGUCGACGCCAAGACCAUCAAGGCCCAGAUCUGGGAUACCGCAGGCCAGGAGCGAUACCGCGCCAUCACCUCUGCAUACUACCGCGGCGCCGUGGGCGCGCUGCUUGUCUACGACAUCAGCAAGCACCAGACAUAUGAGAACGUGACGAGGUGGCUGAAGGAGCUUCGCGACCAUGCCGACUCGAACAUUGUUAUCAUGCUUGUGGGUAACAAGAGCGAUUUGAGGCAUCUGCGGGCAGUGCCAACAGAGGAAGCUAAGCAGUUUGCAAGCGAGAACAACUUAUCCUUCAUCGAGACGUCUGCCCUAGACGCCAGCAACGUAGAACUCGCCUUCCAGAACAUCCUAACAGAAAUCUACCGCAUUGUCUCAAGCAAAGCGCUAGACCAAGGCGAGGGUAGCCAAAACGUACUCGGCGGCGAGCGUAAGGUGCUAGAGAUCAGCAAGUCGGCCGAUGCGGAACAGAAGAAGGGAUGCUGCUAAACAAUCGAACCGCUCACUCUAUUCACGAUAUGUUGUUCGCGCACAUGGAUCAAGCUCAAGAGAAGUAGGUAGCUCCGGUUAUGAGCGGAUAGUCCUGCAAUGUGCUACGCUCAAUAAUCGGAUACACGAGUCAUGCGACAGUCUACGGCGUCCAGGAAGUCCCAUUCGGUCUCUUUGCCUUCACUUCACGUCUCCUUCAUGUUUCUGCUUCUACAAUGCUCGCAGGCGCAUGGCUGAGCUGGGCUGGACGGAGCUGGCCUAGGUGUCUAUCUUUUCUUCUUUUGCAUGCU